GCAUGUCACGUGGUGCACGUGUCGAAGGUCACGGCGCGCUCACAAUGGAGCUCUCGGAGUCUGUGCAGAAAGGCUUCCAGAUGCUGGCCGAUCCCGGCUCCUUCGACUCCAACGCCUUCACGCUUGUCCUCCGGGCGGCUUUCCAGAGCCUGCUGGACGCCCAGGCGGACGAGGCCGUGUUAGAUCACCCAGACUUAAAACAUAUCGACCCAGUGGUUUUAAAACAUUGCCAUGCAGCAGCUGCAACUUACAUACUGGAGGCAGGAAAGCACCGAGCUGACAAAUCAACGCUAAGCACUUAUCUAGAAGACUGUAAAUUUGACAGAGAGCGAAUAGAACUGUUUUGGACGGAAUAUCAGAGUAAUAAGCAUUCCCUAGAAAUCCUACUGGGAAGUAUAGGCAGAUCUCUCCCUCAUAUAACUGAUGUUUCUUGGCGCUUGGAAUAUCAGAUAAAGACCAAUCAACUUCAUAAGCUGUACAGACCUGCAUAUUUGGUGACCUUAAAUGUAGAGAACACUGAUUCCCAAUCCUAUCCUGAGAUUAGUUUUAGUUGCAACAUGGAACAAUUACAGGACUUGGUGGGAAAACUUAAAGAUGCUUCGAAAAGCCUGGAAAGAGCAACUCAGUUGUAACUUGGGGCAAGUUAACGAUCCGGCUGAAUCCAGAGGAAAACCAGAAACGUCUCACUUUAAGCCGAACCAUCGUUUGUGCGAGCUGGAUGUCCUAAAAGUUUCCUUUUGAAUUUAUGCCACACAUAGAUUUGGGCACUUUUUUUUAACACGUGUUUAAGGGUUAAGAGGGAAAGUCUGCCUUUACGUUUGACCCAACUUUGGUAUUAACUGUACGUUUAUCCUAUCUAUAUACUUUUUUCAAAGGAAGUAGACAGUGUUACACUCUGAAUAAAUAAGGUGGUGUUCCCACAAAAAGAGCGGUGA